GUGUGUGUCUGCUCUCUCUGGCGUUCUCUGGCAUUACCCAUCAAUGAAUUAAAGCGCUUUGGAGAGGGCACCAUGUUGCGUCGGAAGCCAUCCAAUGCCAGUGAGAAGGACCCAGUCCAAAAGAGGAAGCUGUCACUGCAGCGGUCCAGCAGUUUCAAGGAUUUUGCCAAAUCCAAACCCAACUCCCCGCUGUUGAACGAAAAAGCAUUCAGCCUGGAAGAGGAAGAGGUUCCUGAAGGCAACGAGCCCAGCCCACUACCUAGCCCUGAUGACUCGGGACGGUCAAAGCUGGGCAAGCGAUGGAGAGCCGCCAUUUCCCGCACCAUGAACCGGAAGACAGGCAAGGCCGUGGCUAAAGCGUUGACAGAUCAGGGCCAGGUUGAACCCGAGACUCCUGUAUCUCCAGCCCAAAGCCCUGUUGAAGAUGAAGCCCCCAUCUUUCCGGCAGCCACCCAAGAGACUAACAGCCCCUGUGCCUCUGACGAAAGGGAAUUGUCCAGUUCCAGAUUGAGCAGCCUCUGCAACAAGGAAGAUAUCAGCUCUACCCCAUACAACGGCCCCUUUUGUGGAAAAGCCAAGGUUCACACAGACUUUAUUCCCAGCCCCUAUGAUAAAGACUCUCUGAAGCUUCAGAAAGGGGAUAUCAUUCACAUCAUUGCAAAACCUCCCGUCGGCACCUGGACUGGCCUUCUGAACAACAAAGUGGGCUCCUUCAAAUUUAUCUACGUCAGCAUCAUCCCAGAAAAGACCCAGUCGGCUGCGAAGCCCUGUUCGCAGCACAGGAGCAAAAGGCCGAAGGCCAAAACCUUGCAGGAGCUGCUGCAGCGGAUGAACCUCGAGGAACACACCUCUACGUUGUUAUUAAACGGUUAUCAGACUCUGGAGGACUUCAAGGAGUUGCAAGAGAACCACCUGAAUGAAUUGAACAUCACUGAUCCACAGCAUCGUAUCAAGCUGCUUACAGCAGCAGAUCUACUGCUGGAUUAUGACACAAGCAGUGAAGCUGAAGAUGAAGGAAGACCCUUGGACAGUCAGCUAUUUCCUGGAGAACUCAAGGGAGACAUUCCCCGUGAUUCUGGCUGUUUCGAAGGGGCAGAGACAUUGGACAGUGGGCGGGAAGAUCUGAAGCUGGAGGAGGGGCUGCAGUCCUAUUCUCUGUCCAGCUCAGGCUGAGAUAAGACUCCUCUCUCUGUAUCCUGACACCAGUUGGCUGGCAAGUACAAGCUCUUCUUACAGGAACACAUGCCUCUGCCCCCCACCCCACAAAAAUACUCUUCAGGCUGAGUAAGAAUGUGGCUCCAAGUCCUGGUUGGUAAAUAAGAGGAAGGCUGGGACCCAGAAUCCUCACUGAUUACUGGACCAAAGAGUUUGUUGCUGGACUGUUGCAUUAGAGAGGCUCCUCCUUCAGAUUUUUGCAUGCUGUGAGCAGGCACCAGCAGAAGGCCUGCUAAGAAGCAACUGAACUUGCUUCUGCCUCCAUGUGCCCAGUCCCCCUUGGGUGCAAAGAACGUUUGCUUGCUCCUGAAAGCUCUGCACAAUCCAAAACAGCAGCAAAGAUGGACAAUGACCCUCUGAAUGCAGCCUGGGUCUUCCUCCAUCCUUCCAUCGCUAAGAAGGUCCCAACUAGCUGAAGUCUGCAGUGUUGGGAGGGUCACAGGGGACUUUGCUCUGUUUCUUUUCAAAUAUAUCUAUAGUUACUUUGUUGUAAACAGCUAGGUUCUUGGAGUUUUUGGACAAGAUCCUGAUCAAGAGCAGGUAGGUGCAAAUUUCUAAACUGGCUUAAUCUAAGAAAUGGCAAUCACUAAUCUCUGGUACAGAUAUUUCAAUAAAGCACAUUUAUCU